UUUUUUUUCCCCAAUUAUUCUCAUUUUUCAUAGAUUUUUCUUCUUUGUUCACCAAUAAAGUAAACGGAAUUUGAUGUCAAAUUGUCCGUUUUAGAUUGAAAACAAACAAGUUAGUUCUUAUUCGGGCUACCAAGCUAGCAGCCCGAAGGGGCCAGAGAUCAGAAGCUUCUCAAAACAUCUGAUGAUAGCAAGUGAGCAAACUUCCCGUGAGAUGCGCAACCAUUUCCUGAAGUGUUCGCUGACUCAAUCCUUUAAACAUAUUUCUCAGAAACUCAAGCCCAUUCUUAGUCAAAAAGGAAACAAUCAUGAAGCUCCGCUGAAGAAGAAAAAAGUGGUGAAAGAGAUAUUAAAAAGGAGACAGAAAUUUAUUAUCAUAAAUUGUAGUAGGUGGGCAGAUUUUUUUUUUCUGCAAAAUUACUUCAUCUAUUUAUUUUUCAUCUGACUGAUUCAAAAUCUGAGUUGGAAUGAAGAAGAAAGUCAGAUCCAAAUUCAGCGGAGAUAUUAACCCAAUAAUGAACCACGAGGCAAAUUGUGAUUUGGUGAGCAAAUUGUAGGGAACGAGAUCAGAAACAUUAUUAAAAUAAGAAAAGUCGACUUCAUUUCACGGAUUUUCAAACAAAAUUCAGAUAAAAAGCUUUCAAUUUUUCACAUCGAAAAAUGGACUAAAGCCACCCCACCAUUGCUUCACCAAGAAAGAAAGAAAGCGCAAACUCUGAUAAAAAUUUAUUUAGCCAAGAAAGCUAGAAACUGAAAAGAAAACCCAGUUGACUUCUGGAUUGAUUUUGAAAAAUAUAAUGGCUGCUGCAACUGCUAAAGAGUCAAGCGCCGGUGGCGAAACUAGCAAUAUCAAAGGAGUCCUCACACAUGGCGGUCGUUACGUGCAGUACAACGUGUACGGUAACUUGUUUGAGGUCUCCAGCAAGUAUGUUCCUCCCAUUCGACCCAUAGGUCGAGGUGCUUAUGGCAUUGUUUGUGCUGCUGUAAACUCGGAGACACAUGAGGAGGUUGCCAUUAAGAAGAUUGGUAAUGCAUUUGACAACCGAAUAGAUGCAAAAAGGACGUUGAGAGAAAUCAAGCUUCUUCGUCACAUGAGCCAUGAAAAUGUCAUUGCUAUCCAGGACAUCAUACGGCCCCCCAAAAAGGAUACGUUCAAUGAUGUUUACAUUGUUUAUGAAUUAAUGGACACUGAUCUUCAUCAGAUAAUUCGUUCCAACCAACCACUAACAGAUGAUCAUUGUCAGUAUUUCUUAUAUCAGUUGUUACGAGGACUGAAAUAUGUACACUCAGCUAAUGUCCUGCACCGUGAUCUCAAGCCCAGCAACUUGCUUCUCAAUGCCAAUUGUGACCUUAAAAUUGGAGACUUUGGUUUGGCAAGGACUACUUCUGAAACAGAUUUUAUGACUGAGUAUGUUGUCACUCGUUGGUACCGAGCACCAGAGUUGCUCCUCAAUUGUACAGAGUACACUGCUGCAAUUGAUAUAUGGUCUGUGGGUUGCAUACUUGGUGAAGUUAUGACAAGAGAACCUUUGUUUCCUGGGAAAGAUUAUGUCCAUCAGCUCAGACUUAUCACUGAGUUAAUAGGCUCGCCUGAUGAUGCCAGCCUUGGAUUUCUCCGAAGUGAUAAUGCCCGAAGGUAUGUUAGACAGCUUCCACAAUGCAGGAAGCAAAAUUUCUCAACUAGAUUUCCCAAUAAGUCUGCAGGUGCUGUUGAUCUGCUAGAGAAAAUGCUUGUUUUUGAUCCCAACAAACGUAUUACAGUUGACGAGGCACUUUGUCACCCAUAUGUAGCAUCUCUGCAUGAUAUCAAUGAUGAGCCUGUCUGCCUCAGGCCUUUCAGCUUUGAUUUUGAGCAUUCAUCAUGUACUGAAGAUCACAUCAAGGAGCUCAUCUGGAGGGAAUCGGUGAAGUUCAACCCAGACCCAACUUAUUAGGGGCAUCCUUUGCUUGUGCUGUAGAAAUUCAUGCAAAACAAACCCUUUUCCCCUACUACAAUGUAUGUUCCAUCACUCUUACCUAGAGUGGAUAGGAAUAGGAACAACGUUGGAGUUUGUUUUCUCUUCCCUUAUGGCUGGAAUUAGAUAAUGUGUAAGGAACUUGACAAUAACUUCUCUGAGGGUUGGGGAUUGAAAAAUAUGCUGAGGAUGUACUUUGCAAAUCUGUCAAAAGCUGCUUGAACUCAGUUUGAUAAGAAACUGGUAGAAAAUUCUCUCCAAGUGUUAAUUGUCGGGAUUUUAGCACUGCAAACAAGUGUUACUAGUAAAUAUAGUGACUUGUUUGCCUGCA